GGGUCCCCUUGCCCACAGGCGCCGUCCCGCAUCUUGGCGUUGGAGCCCGCUACUUUUCGAGAGGGCUACAUCUUACCCUUGGGUAUUGUUCGAGUUGGGGGCCCUUGCGCGUCGUGCAUUUUCUUGACCGCCGCUCACGGAACAGUGCACCACGCAUCGUGAAGGCCGGUAGCUACCGGACCUGAUCAGACAUCAUGGCUGUAGCUCAGCGUCCCCGCAAGAACGCACAGCUGUUCAGGUCAAGCAGCACGACCAACUUGAUGGUCGCACCGGUGUCACAGACCUCAGCCCCAGCAUGUGCGUGUUCAACGCUGGGAGCCAUCGUUCGCACCGCCCAUAGCAAGAAUAAGCGAGACAUGCGUCGACGCGACAGCCUGCAUCGUGCGCUGCAACAAUCGCAGUUCUGGCGCCACCUCCAGCGCACCUUCCUCACCAACCCGGCCGAGUCGGACCUUUUUGAGAACAUGACCGUCCAGGAGUACGAGAACUACUGCCGUGCUCGAAUGGCAGAUGUCCAUUCCAAGCCCCAGAUCAAACCGUCAACUGAUCGUGCCCCCAGACGUUCAGACCCCCAUCCGCGAUCAAUCAAGGAGACUGAGCCUCCGGCCCAACGUCGGCGGCAGCGUCGCUCAUGCCCCACCUUGAUCGCGGUCGUGUGA